AUGGUAGAGCAACAUACGCGCUGCCACAUGGCCGACGUCGACAUGGCUGAUGCUAGACCAUCCACCGACUACAGUCCGACAUCUACCGAGGAAGAGACGCUCCCCUUACUCUACGAUCUUGACAAGCUGACGCAGAUUCCGGAAGGGGAGUUCACCAAGGACAUUCCCCCACCGCCGGUCGGGGAGUUCAACAAGAAAAAGAAACAGAAUCCGAAGCGAAAUGGACGGCCAGGAACUUCGUCGGCACCGGCCGGCUCUGGAAACCAGGUUGAGGUCGAGGAGGAGGAUGGGGGGGAGGAGGAGGAAGAGGAAAGCGAUGACGAAUACGACAAGCGUCCGCCGCGUAGCACUAGUCAGCGCACCUUGGAAGAACGGUUCAGGCGGGAACUUGAAUACAUAGAUGAUCUGCUCGAACAGGACGAGGAUACCGACGAGGAGAACUUGUCGGUGCCGCGCGAACAGUGGAGGGCGGCAGACUUCGUCGAGGAAGACAUGGUGUACGCGACCAUCGACGUGCUCGUCUUGGACGCCCUAUGCCACCUGCAGACCGUGGAGAGGAACAGCACGCUAAGGCAGUACACCUCGUGGAUCUACCACUACAAGAGGUGGGCGGCGAAGAUGUUGAUGCAAAUUCGCAACAAGCUUCCGCAGGAGUACAGGCUUAAGCGUGUCGACGAGACAGGGCACUACAUCCGGGACAACAAGAAGAAGAAUUGGGACCAAGAGGCUGAUGUCCCCCGGUCGCACGUGUGGCUGCACGGCCCUAGGGUCACCCCGUCCCGGCUUCGCGCAUACGUGAAGUACAUGGUUCGGGAGAUGAAGCUCGAUGCCGAGUCCAGCAAGGAGGGCGACAACGCCACAGGAACACAGCCGGUGCAAUCUACAACGGUGCACACGCUCCUCGGGCGCAUAAAGGCAUGCCAGAUGACGGCGAGAGUGGAGGCGACGAUAUGCCGGGAGAAGGAGCUGAGCAUCAUGCGUGAGAUAUCGGUGGUCAGGUCAGAGGUGCGGUUCAUGUUCCGCACCAAGAACGAGCGGGACCUCAAGGUGCUGCCGACGUGGGCGGCCAAGGCUUGGAACCCGCGGGCUUCGGGCCCGUCGCAGACGCUGUGGCGGUUUCUGCUGUUGAAGGUGCUCACGCUACUCUCCCACCAUUCUCUCCUGUGCGGCGCAAGCAUCCGCGAGAUCACGCUCCCCGACAUAUUCUUGUACCGACUGGCGAGCACCUCAUCGGUGAACCCGGAGAACCAGCCGGUCGUCAUGGACAUCGCUGCGCGGAACUCGAAGACGUCCAAGGAUGCGCGUUUGCAGCAGAGCUACGCUGCGCGGCACCUCGAAGCGGAGCUGUGCGCCGUCGACGAGACGGGCCUGUGGUUGCACUUCAUCCUCGACCAGGUCGGCCAGUUUCACAGCGUCCGCCUCAUUCCGUCGGUGGACACCAGCACACGCGCGAGCUGGUACAAGAAGCACCUCUUCUUCGCCAGAAACGACACCGACCAAGGGGAGCUCUCUGCGGCAAGCCACCAACGCUGGACGAGGCAGUUGUGGGACAAAAACGGGGUCUUCUGCAAGAGGAACGUGCACGCCGCUCGAGCCGGAGGGGCCCAGGAGCUGGCCAUCGACGGCACGCCGCACGCCGAGAUCGCGGAGCUGGGACACUGGGCGCUCGACAAGAUGACGCGAGCGUACAUCACCGCCAUUCCGGUGGGGGUGGUGAUGAAGAAGGCCGGUUACUCUGGUUACAAGCAGGACUACUUCUUGGGCCGGAGCAGGGUGGAGCCCUCCGAUAAGCUCUUGAAGCUCCUCGCCGAGUACAUCUUCCCCGGCGUCGACGACAUGCUGAAGACGGCGGAAGGGAAGGCUGCCGAGGGGUCCGACGCCGACAAAGCCGCGGUGCACUUCUGGCGCACACUCGCGAUGCUGCGCUGCAUCGUCGCCGAGGACCUAGCGGUGAAGCUGGUCCGCACACCAUGGCACCCGUACGUCCAAGGCUCCCUGCUCUGCCGGAUCCCCCUCUUCCAGCACUGGGCGAAACGGGUCGAGAGGGUCGACACCGAGACGAUCAACAAGCGUCGGGACCCGACCCAAAUUCAGGCAGAGGAAAUCUCUGUCCCCAUGGACACCGAGUACUACAACAUAUCCCUCAAGGCGACGCUGACGAAGGAGAUCGAGCGCGCCGCGAACGAGAAGAUUGACUUCCUGGAGGAGCUCGAGAAGCGCGACGACACCAUCGCGUCUCUCACCGCCGAGAUAACCCGUCUCACCGAGGCACUCCGUGUGUCAGAAGCACGGAGAGUGCCGGAGGCCCCGCCGUGCGCUACCGCGCAAUCUCCCAGCGAGGGUGGCUCGGCGGAUUCGGCCAACAUGGGAGCCGACGCCGACGGAGGGGACGACAAACCCCCGCCACCCCCACAGACUGACGAGGAGGCUAGUUACGAGGCUCAACGUGGUACAACCGUGGCGGGAGGCCAAGACCGAUCACCGAGCCGGUUCAUCGACCGCCACACCCUCCUCGCCGGCGCGACGCAGGGUGCACUCAACAAGAGGGUGCGCCACAUGCUGAAGGUCAUGGAUGCGGUGCGCCAGCUACGCGCGAGCGACGACGAAGCCGACACCGAGGCCGUGGUCGACACACUGCACAGGAUCGCGGCAUCGGGCAUCGGGACCUUCGCCGAUGCCCUCACGGUGCUCAAACCAGGGACGGCACCGAUGUUGUCCAAAGAGGCUGGCAUGGGAGUCAAGGGGCUGGGUCCCAAGGUGGUCUCGAAGCUGCGCCUCGCGUGUGCGCUUGUGGCGCUCAACCUGAAGCAGAGUGAUUGGGUCGAAACCCUGUUUCCAGACACGUGGGAGGAGCAGAUGCCGAAGACCAAGGCCGACCUGGCGAAGCCGACGGCACCGGCCAAGUCGACAGCACCGGCCAAAUCGACCGCUCCGGUGCACCGUCCUCCGACCAAGAGGAAGAAGUCGGCAUGA